AUGGCCGAAAAACGCAUGGUUGAUACAGCUGAUACGCCUAUCAUACCGCCGAUCAGCAUUGGCAAACCACGAUUCGUUGGGUUCUCCGGAGGUUCUCGUGUGGCCAAAAAUUUUAUCAACUACCUAGAACAGACAAUCCUGUUCUCGACCCGCAAUGGACCGGUAGCGUCCAUUGAUGGGUUGCGCAACGGUGUUGGUCCGUCUUCUGCUCGUCAGGAGAUUACAUGGACGUCGAUGAUGCAAGAGAAGCUGUCGCAGCCUAACGCAGGGAAGGGAAAGCCGCGUAUAGAUCAGUGGGAAUCAUCCAGUCCUUCACGAAAUGACGACUUAUGCUCAAGAGGUAAGGCGCAGGCGAGAGUCAUCGGUGAUACGUGGAUGACUGCGACUAACAGCCCUUGCGGUGAUCAACAGAAGGACCUACACGAAGACGACUACAGAAGCAUUCUUCCACGCCCUUCCUGUCAGAAGCAUCCUCCCACCCUCCAAAAGCCGGACCAGGUUCCCGGAUAA